AUGGAAAAUGUAACUUAUUCAGAAGUAACUGAAUUUGUCCUCCAGGGAUUAUCACCAAUCUGGGAGAUACAACUAUCCUUAGGUGUUGUCCUGCUGCUCUUCUAUAUUAUGCUCCUCCCUGGGAAUAUUUUUAUCAUUGUGACAAUUCUGAAGACUCCCUCUUUGAAAUCCCCCAUGUUUUUCCUUUUGGCCCACCUGGCCUUCCUGGACAUCAUCUACAGCUUUGUCACCCAUCCAAAGCUUCUCCUUAACAUCAUUUUUGGUUGCCGAACCAUCUCCUACUUGGGCUGUGUCAGUCAGAUAUUUUUCAUUCAUUUUCUAGGAGGAUCUGAGAUGUUCCUCCUCAUUGCCAUGGCUGUUGACCGGUAUGCAGCCAUUUGCCAUCCAUUGCACUAUGCCACCAUGGUAACCAGUGUCACCUGCUGGGCUAUGAUAGUGGCUUCAUGGCUGGGAGGCUUCCUACAUUCCAUCAUCCAAGUGAUUCUCAUAAUCCCACUUCCAUUCUGUGGCCCCAAUGAGUUGAAUAAUGUCUUUUGUGAUGUCACCCAGAUCAUCAGAUUAGCUUGCACCAAUACCCACACUCUAGAAUUCCUCAUGUUUGCUAGCAGUGGCCUAAUGAGCAUUGCAUGCUGCAUCUUCCUCCUCAUGUCCUAUGGGGCCCUGAUGUUGAAAGUAAGAAUGGGCUCCAGUCCCAGGAAAAGCAAAGCCUUUUCUACCUGCGUCACUCACAUCAUCAUCAUCAUCAUCAUGUUCAGCCCAGCCAUCUAUAUCUACUGCCACCCUUUUCAAGAAUACUCUUUCGACAAAGCAGUGGCUUUUUUUCACACGGUGGUCUUUCCCUUGAUGAACCCUGUUGUCUAUACCUUGAGGAACAAGGAGAUCCAAGCUGCCAUGUGGAGACUGCUCAACAAUAUUCGUUUUAUCUAUUAG